CGUUCUUGCGCCAGUUUCAUCGGUAGAACCGGAGAAGGCGAUGUCGUCGGGGUACAAGGGAUUCAAGUCGUGGGGCGCGCAGGAGUGCCCGACGCUCAAGCCCGGCGAGACGUACGAUGCCCGGGCGACCAAAUUCAGCCAGAUGGGGUCCAACAUUGUGCAAAACCAAGCGACCAACACGGCAAUUCGAAUUGUGAACCCAUCCUUUGAGGCUGUCACCCGAGGCCAUUAUGGCCAAGUCACGAAACACGACUUUGAGACUCCGACGCGGCCAGUGUCACGUGGAGCCGAGAUUGCCAAUUCCCGCACGUUUCUCGGGCAAACGCUGUACCAACAUGACUUUUUGAACUUUCACGAAGAGGGCCGUCGGAUUGCAGCGUUGCCCAUGGCUGCGUACGCUGCAGCGUUCGACGAGCUGACCCACGUGCCAAAUCAAGACUCGACAUCGGACGCCGAUCCCAAACAAAAGAAAAUAGCUCGCGACGACGUCAAGGCAGUGCUCUGCGCAGUCUACGGCAAGCCCCCCACGGCACGCAUCCUUGACAUUUACGCGCACAUGUUCGACGCGUGUCCAGACGGAUUCAUCUCGUGGGAAAUCUUCCAGGAGGCUGUCUGUCGUCUCUCCAGUUUGCUGCUGCACCAGACGGUCAAAGUCAGUGGGCAAGCAGGGUGGCUUGAGUUUGUGGCGGCCAAGCACGUCCUGCAUGGUGGCACACCGGCGAGCAGCCACCAAAUCGACUUUGGAACGUACGGAGGCAAUCCACUUGCAAGGCCGUAUGUGGGCCGCACGAACGGCAUGGCGUCGACAACAGCCGACAUGUUUGACGGGACGUCCAAAGCGACAUUCCAUAUUCCACGGUACCAAGGUUUUAUCCCGCACACAAAGUACAACCCGACGGCUGUGGCCCAAGGCGACUGCGAGCAUGUGCGGGGGAAGUCAGAGGACCUGCGUCUGUACCACCUCAACAAUCUACCAGGGUACACGGGGCACAAACCCGUCGACAGCAAGAACGUGCGCGGCGAGGCCAAAACCGGCACCGAUGGUCGCACCACCAACGGAUUUGUGUUCAAGCCACACAUGUAAUAAAAGUAAAAAGUCUCCUCA